AUGGCCAGCGACCGUGUAGUAGUGGCCGUGGAUGAGAAUCUUCUUGCGGAACUUCCUAAGGACGGCAAGGUGAUCGAGGCAACAUCUCUGGGACUGAGCGACUGGUGCGAUACCACACAAUACAACAAAGCAAGAGGUGAGGGGGGCUUAGAACAGAUUCGAGCACACUGGCAUUCCGAAAGCAGCGUAUACAAGUUCAUCCCUGAAUACAUCCCUCGGCCAGUCGCGUUCAGGGAGUAUGCAUCUCAGCCGAACACUUAUUUCCUCCUCCUGGAGUUUGAGGACAUGAUUGACGAUGACAUCCCACCUCCAGAGACAUAUAUGGCGGUCCCAAGUGCGCUUCAUCUCCGCAGUGCAGGGAAAUCUCCCACAGGGAUGUUUGGAUUCUCAGUGAAUACUCAUUUUGGCAACCUGACACAACCCAAUGGCUGGGAAUCUUCCUGGGAAGUAUGGUGGACGACUCAUAUGAAGUUCCUGUUGCAAAGGGAAAGAGUCAUUCGCGGCGCCUACGCCGCCGAAGAUGAGACAACAUUGAAUUUCUUUCUGGACACAGUGCUUCCUCGUUACUUGCGUCCCUUGGAGACAGAAGGCCGCUCUAUCAAACCAACACUCUGCCACACAGAUCUCUGGCCUGGAAACGUCAAGUACAAGCUGGACAACGAAACCAUCAUUGUAUACGACGCAAACGCCCUAUGGGCCCAUAACGAAAUUGAGUUGGCCCCAUUCCGCAACCCAAGAUAUCCACUUGGGAAGGCAUACUUUCGAGAGUACUGGAAGCAUGUACCAAUUUCCGAACCUGAAGAAGAUGCCGACAGCCGCAUAAUCAUCUACCUCAUCCGCCAUCAGGUCUGCCUCGCCAGCCUAUACCCCAAUGAGCUGAAGUUGAGAGAUGCAUUCCUCAGCAAUAUGCGUCUUCUAGGUGAUAGGGUUAAAGACGAGAGUCAAGAAAGAAAGGAUGUUGAGAGAGCCCAGGUUUCCUUUGAGUCCCAGAUCGCUGCACCAGUUCCAGUUGGACAGAGCAACUACGAAAUGGCCCGGGUCAAUGAUCUUGAAGGUACCGAUGGUAUAGUACCUCUGGAACCUAUCCUUACAUCCCAUCAAGACGCUGAGCUCGAGAACGAGGUCGUCAACGAAGACGAGCUUUUUACGGUUUUUACCAAAUGGCAGAAACACUGGAUCAGCCUCAGCGCAUCGUUUUCGGCCAUGUUUUCUACCAUGAGCAGUUACAUAUACUACCCGGCCAUUGUUCCCAUCUCUCGAGAUCUUAGGGUGUCGGUCUCCCUGAUCAAUCUUACAGUAACCUCGUAUUUGAUUAUCGCCGCGAUUGCACCUGCCUUUAUGGGGGAUAUGGCUGACCAAAGUGGCCGGAGACCAAUAUUCUUCUUGAUGUUCGUCUUGAUGAUUGGAGCAAAUGUUGGGAUUGCUCUCCAAAGUUCAUUUCCUGCCCUACUGGUGCUUCGUAUGCUUCAGAGCUCAGGUGCUUCUGGGUUGACUGCCAUUACCUACGGUGUUAUAUCGGACAUUACAUUGCCGAAAGAUAGGGGAGGUUUCGUUGGUGUAUUGUUACUCUUUACAGACAUUGCCCCUAGUCUUGGACCUGUGAUUGGAGGCGGCAUAACUCAAGAGCUUGGAUGGAGAUGGAUAUUCUGGUUCCUGACAAUUAUUAUUUCAAUUACAGCUCUUACCAUGCUGUUUUUCUUCCCCGAGACGCAGCGCAACAUCGUGGGAAAUGGCAGCGCCAACGCCAGGGGCAUUUACUGGAGCUUCUUCACUCUGAUCAAUAAGAGCCCCCAAAGGAAGAACGGAGGAGCAUUAAGAAGUCAAAAUUCCAGGCGACACUGGCCAAACCCGUUCGCCUGUCUGCCGAUCUUGAAAGACCGCAGCUCACUCGUAGUGAUACUCCUGUACGGCAUCACAUAUUCCGUGAAAAUGACGCUGCAAACAUCGCUGGGUGCCCAGUGUUCGGAGAUCUACAAACUAGACUACCUGACUGCGGGAUUGAUAUAUAUCCCUUCCGGGGUCGCCGGAGGUAUAGGAUCAUUUACAACCGGGAGAAUUCUCAAUCGGAAUUACCGAACAGCAACAAGCAAACUAUCAGAAAGUAGUGACCAAAAUGGCAUUGCGCCCUCUGAAGUACAGAUUGAACAAGUCAGAUUGAAGGGCUUGAACUUUUUAGUCACUAUAAACGCGUUAGGAACUGUUGGAUACGGUCUCGCGCUCAUGGCAAAAGCGCACAUGGCUGUCAUGAUCAUAAUGCAGUUUAUCACUGGAAUCACCACUGCUAGUCUGUUCACGAUGACAGGAACACUCUUAACCGACCUCAACUGCGAAAGAUCUGCUACAGCACAGGGUGCGUCCAGCAUAGUGAGAUGCUUGGGAGCGGGUGCGGCAAUUGCAGCACUACAACCACUCGCCGAUGCUGCGGGUUUGGGUUGGUGUUUUGCUAUCUAUGCAUUGCUCCUUGCCACUGAGUUGCCUUUGGCUUGGAUCAUUCGCAAGAAGGGACCGGGUUGGAGGAAGCAGCGCAGACCUUGA